UCGUUCAAUACUUCUCAAUACUCCCGGAAUUUUUUCAAGAAGACACCAGAAGAUGAACUUUACACAUACUUAUCAAUUUACAAUUCAAUUUUGAAUUAUGUCCAGACAGUUUUUGAAAAGGUAUAAAGUGAUAAAAAAAAUUGGCGAAGGUUCCUUCUCAGAAGUAUUAAAAUGCCAGGAUAAAAUAUCCGGUGGACUGUUCGCAGCAAAACGUUUGAAAAAAACUUAUUUAGGAACUGAAAUUUGGGAUUGUACAGAAGUCAGUACAAUGAGGAAAAUCACAAGGCAUCCAAAUGUUUUGUAUUUAAUCGAAUUUAUCUAUGACCCAUUGCCCGGAAGGGUAACUUUGAUUUUUGAAUUAAUGGAUAUGAGUCUUUAUGACUUGGUGAAAGGAAGAAAAGGACAUGCACUUCUGGAACAAAAAGUUAAACUAUAUUUGUACCAAUUAUUGAAAGGCAUCGAGCACUUACAUAAACAUGGAAUUUUUCAUCGAGAUAUCAAACCAGAAAAUGUACUUAUGAAGGGAGAUUGUAUAAAGUUAGCUGAUCUUGGUUCCAUACGAGGAAUUUUUACCAAACCACCAUAUACUGAUUACAUUUCUACCAGAUGGUACCGUGCACCAGAAUGUUUAUUAACAUCUGGUUUUUAUGGACCCAAAAUGGAUGUUUGGGCAUCGGGCUGCGUAUUUUAUGAAUUAUUAACAUUAAAGCCACUUUUUCCUGGACAAAACGAAAUAGACCAAAUUUCAAAAAUCCAUACAGUUUUAGGAACCCCUCAUGCCAGAAUAGUUGCCAAAUUUCGCAGACAUAAACCAAGAAAUUGUAGUUUCUUAUUCCCAGCAAAAAAAGGGCAAGGUCUUUUUUCAUUACUUCCUCAUGCAACUGAUGCUGGAAAAGAUGUUUUAAGAUUAAUGUUAAUUUAUGAUCCUGAGUAUAGAAUCAAUGUUAAAAGACUUUUGGAUCAUCGGUAUUUCAACGAUUUAAGAGAAGAAUCCCCAAGAGUGUCAAGAAGUGUAACACAUGCAAAUUCACCGAAAGAUCUAAGAACUCCUGCACUUUUGAGUCACACAAUGUCUCAAAAACGUCGGAAAUCGAAAAUGGUUAGAACCGAUGUUUCAAACCUGAAAUUACCCAACAUUGAAUGCAGCAGGAAUAAUUUAUUACUGAGGGAAAGCAGAAAAAUUGUGGAAAAAACAGCCAGCCUGAAAAGUGAUCAAUUAAGAAUUAGUUAUUGUAAUUUACGGAAGACAAAUUUUUCAAGUCGAUAUUACAAUCAAGGCGAGGAUUGCCAACAAAAAAACGAGUUUGGCCAUUUAUCCAACACAUCCUUGCCGCAAGAAAUAAAAUCAGAUCAUCGUCCGAUUCUUCCUGUGGAUUCAAGAUAUCAAACUCGCUACGAAUGUCAAAAAAACCUCCGAAGAAUCAAUCUCGAAGGACGAAGAAUACCCGAGUUUUCCACAAAGCGGUCAAACUUCAACAUCAAAUCACCUUUCGUAAACAGUCCGGCGAAAAAAAUGGCUAAGCACAAUCUCUGAUUCAAAGUCGAAAAUUUGAAAUUUUGAUUUAAAAAAACCAAAAAUUACAGUAUGAAACUAGAAAUUUUUAAGUGAUUAUUUUAUAUAUAUUUGCAUCGCUCUAUUAUGUGGAAUACCAUUAUACAAAACGGUUACAUAAUUUAUUUACAUUAAUA